AUGAAGCACUCUGUGCUCGUUCUCGCUUUGCUCUUCGUUCUCGGCAUCACGGCCGCACAAGUCCCGCUCAAACCGCCAGCAUACUACGGCGCUCCGAGCACGCCCAAGAAGAAGAGGAUGGUGUCCAGACGCAGCGGCACUGGGCCUCACAUCGCGAGAGCCCACACCGUCAAAGCCGCCAGCAUCAAGAAACCAGAGAUCGCGGCCGCCAAGAAGUCAGACAAGCAAUCAGAGGGGACAAAACUGUGUCGAAGCAAACCACACUGGCAAUGGGAAUCAGCUCAGGUGGCGUGCUCGAGAAAGAAGGGUGUAGCAACAGGUCAUUUCUAA